GCCGCACAAAGAUAGCGUUUUAGAUGGCUUCGUUCCCUGACAGACGCAAGCGCGAGAAAGAGAGUGAGCGAGAGAGGGGAGAUGGCGGAGGGAAAGGGUUCAAAAGCCACGAAGACCGCGGAGCUGGAUGCUCCUCUCAACGCAAUUGGCUUCGAGAUUGAAGAGGUAUCGCCGGAGAAGGUCACCGGCCGGCUGUUAGUCACCCUUAAAUGCUGUCAGCCAUUCAAGGUAUUACACGGUGGGGUGUCGGCACUGAUAGCGGAAGCAUUGGCAAGCUUAGGGGCCCACGUAGCCUCCGGUUUCCAGAGAGUGGCGGGGAUACACCUUAGCAUCAAUCAUCUGAAACGCGCUGAGCUUGGCGACCUCGUGCGCGUGGUAGCCACGCCCGUCAACGUCGGCAAAACCAUCCAGAACAUCCUCGAGAUCGGGCUUAAGGAGCUCGAGGGUAUUAUUAGCGUUUUUGAGGACUAUAGAAACAUGAUAUAUGUUAAUAAUAUUUUGGGAAUGAAAAUGUUCAUGUUUUAUGUUUUUACGUUUUAAGUUUAUUGAGAAUGGAAUGGUUGUGAAAAUAUUUAAUGUUUUGGAGAUGUAUAUAUCUAUGGAAAAUGCAGUUGAUGGAUAAAUUUUAUGGAUUCUAGUUAGGAUAUAGCAAACUCUGGUAUUAUGGAAUGUUGGUAUAAUGGUAUAUAAUUUAUAGAGAUUAUGGUUAUGUUUUCCGUU